AUGCUAUUGAUGACCGUGGGGUAUAAACACCAUCAAGAUGAUUUGAUGAUUGUCCAAUCUCAUGGAUCAAAGAGACAAAAGAUAGCUGCAGCGAUGUUUGGUCUUGGAGCCACCCUCAAGAAGAUGAAGCAUAAGGGCCACCGCAGAGGUGUUGGAAAAGAGGAAGGAGGACAAGAGGAGGAGGAAGAAGAAGGAGAUGAUGGUGGGGAUGAAGAAGGGGGAUGCAUGUUUAGUGCUUUCAUUUCAAUGAUCGCCGAAGCAUUUGAAGAAUAA